AUGCAGACGGACCACGAGCAAGACCAAGACCAAACCUCACCCACCACCACCACCACCACCACCACCUCAGCACCCGAAACCGAGAACGGCGGCAGCAGUACAAUGUCAAGCGCAAUCCUCAUCGGCUGCGGCAUCGCAGGCGCCGCCCUCGCUGGCCGCAUCGGCCUGCAAGCCUUCAAGAGAUACAAAGCCACCUCCGGCGCCGGCGUAGCGGGCGCCUUUGGCAAGGCCUUCUACAAGGGCGGCUUCGAGCCGAAAAUGAACCGCCGCGAGGCCAUUUUGAUUCUGCAGCUUGCUGAGCGGAACAUGACGAAGCAGAAUAUCCGGAAGCGGCAUCGCGAGAUGAUGCUACUGAACCAUCCGGACCGCGGGGGCAGCCCGUAUUUGGCGGGAAAGGUUAAUGAGGCGAAGGAGUUUCUGGAGAAGCAUGGUUAG